GACUGGAUCAUACAGUAUGAUCCCAAGGAAUACAUCCAUCGUGUUGGUCGAACCGCUCGCGGAGAUAGCAUUGCUGAUGUUACGACCGAAGGAGCUUGGCUUCCUUUGUUAUCUCGAAAAGGCUCAUGUAUCCAUAAACGAAUAUGAAUUCUUUUGGAAUAAAAUUGCCGAUAUACAAUUACAGCUUGAGAAGUUAAUAUCGAAGAAUUACUUCUUACACCAGUUGGCAAAGGAAACUUUCAGGAACUACGUUAGAGCGUAUGAUUCACAUCAUUUGAAGCAGGUCUUUGAUAUAGAGACUCUGGAUCUGGCGAAAGUCGCCAAAUCUUUCGGAUUUACUGUAUCACCGGCAGUAGACUUAAAAGUGGAAAUUAGUAAGGCUUCACGACCACAAAAGGGGCUCAGCGGAGACGGUUACGGAUAUUUAAAAAAUAUAAACGACCCGAGUUCGGCAAAGCGGCUGAAGCGCACCAAGACCUUUCGCCAGAUAGGCAAACGUGGGCAGGAUAAUCAGUAAUUCAGCAGGUAACAGUCAUCUACGCGCACCUUAUAGGUGUAGAUAGACAAUGGUGUUCGACGACGCAUCAUUAAGGAUCAAUUUAAUGAUAUUAAUACAUCUCGAUGUGAUAGCAUCGACAGUUGACAAUCUCAAUUUGAUUGCUAGAAAAUGAUCUUAUCGCACUACUAACAAUUCGUAAAUAAAGUGCAACAUGUGAGAA